CCCCAUGAGGCCGCUUUACGAUGGCCUAUAUUUGGAGGAAGUGGAGGAGAUAUUUUGAGGCGGCCAACAUGUCAGAAGGUGUUUGUCGCUGCUCGCUGCUCUAAUGAGUUUCUUCCUCACGCUGCACUCCUCCAAUCCCGCGCCGCCCAUUCCGGCUUUGUCCUUCGACCAGCAACUGACGAACGACUCACUCAUGACUUGUUCACGAUGAUUCCUAUUCCUUAGUCGCACGUUUUGGUCAAAGCUUUUCUUGACGAAAGGCAGACUUCCGCCUGCUUCUGAAGAUGUUUUUAUAAACGCUUGCAUUUCCUUCCUGUUGUUCAAAUCACAAAGUCGCCUUCUACGUUUUUAAACUCCACUUCCUGUCGGUGACUCCUCACCGUUGCGGCCGCGUGCGUCGGUCCUCGCCGACAUGUGGUCGACCUUCCUGGUGACGGACGAGGAGGGCCGCGGCGUGGGCCCGGCCGCCGCCGGCACAGUUGGAGGGGCCGCCCAGGGAGGCGGGGCUCAGGGCAUGGGGGGCCUGACCGGCCUCAUGAGCGGACGCAGCACAUUCGGAGGCAACAAGCGACGCAGGCCGGGACACACCAUGACGGAGGCCCAGGAAGGAAAGAUCAAAUUGGCCUUCUUCGUGGCCAUCGUGGGCGUGGUCCUGACGGUCCUGGGGGUGGGCACCGAGUUCUGGGUGGAGCUGGCACCUCCAAAGAGUUUCUACGACAACCAGACGUGUCCGGCGGUCCACUUGGGCCUGUGGAAGCGAUGCACCAAGACGCUGUCUGUGGCCGACAUUGACCCGGACAGAGAGAGUUGCGGACCCACCGAGCUGCCUGGAGAAUCCAACUGCACCUACUUCAAGUUCUUCACCACGGGGGAGAACGCCAUCGUGUUCCACAAGACGACGCACAAGAACCUGAAUGUGGCCGCGGCCAUGUUGUCCCUCUUCAGCUUGGUGCUGAUGGUGAUGGGUGCCAUCUGCAUCAGCAUGGCGCUCAGCAAGGAGAUCGUCUUCUUCCUCAAGCCGGCGUCUGUUUGCUUCUUCCUGUCAGGUGUCCUGGUCCUCCUGGCCCUGCUGGUCUUCCAACAGGCGGUCUGGGCUCUCCUGGCCAGCGACCAGUCUGUCCCCGUCCAUCACGAGUUCCUGUGGUCCGUGUCCUGCCUGGGCUGCGCGGGGGCCAUCCUCAUCGUGGGCGGGAUGCUCUUCCUGCUCCUGGCGCUGCCUUGCAGCCCCUGGCAGAGGUGCCUGCCUCACAGGGACAGCAGCAGCUAGUGGCCCGGAGGCGCUAUUGCACUUUGUGUCA